GAACACGAACACUAAGGAAUUUUUCAGUGGUGUCUGUGUCUGUGAAUUUAUAUUGGGGGUAUAAAAACUGUGUGCGUUAUUUUGUUUAUAAAUUUAAUUGCAAAUACGGCACAUUAAUACACAGCGCGUACACACACCUACACCUACACACAUACCAAUUCAAAAGUGCGCUUAUCAAUGAAUUGAAUUUGAGGCAGCAAGCAAGCAGCAGCUAAGAAGCACGCCAACGCCAACGAAGUGAAUUUUUCGAGGGAACGGAAAAAAAUGGCGCCCGCCUCAGCCACAGAAGCAAGUUGACUUUCUUUUCGGUGUGUUGUUCGUCGCCGUACUCGUCGCUCGUUUUCGUCGCAUAUUUUUGUCGCGAUCCAACCAAGAGAAAAAAAUAAAGUGAAAAAUAAAGAAAUAAUUGAAAAUUGCAUCUUAACGCGCGACGUUGACGAAUUGAAGGAGGCUAGUAUUUUGUACGUGAUUUUGUAUAAAUACAUACAUACAUAUAAUACAAAUACAAGCAACAGAAAAGUGCAAUUACAUUUGCGUUUGGAAAUUUUGCGCUUUUUUCUCUUUCGCCUCCCCCUUUUUCUGCUUUGCUUCAUUAUAAUGUGCGCUGCACAGAGCAAUCCGCACUUCAGCUACGCUUGGAAUAUUGCAGACAACGGCAACCGUGCCGCAGAAUCCGUUUUGGAGAUAUCGCCAAAUUUUAACUACACUGUCGGUGGGGAAUCGAUGCCCUAUCUGUUAUCCACGGAUGGAUCAUUGGCCGUACAAAAGGAUGUUAAAGGUGCACUUGCUGCCAGCAAUAAGGGCAAUGUCGUCCGUCGUAUGUUCGUGGUGAAUGACUCAUUUGCGCCCGGAACACAAAGAGUGAUUACCACAGGCGCCGCAUCGACGGUGGUCAAAAAACAGGAUUCUGGUCAACAAGUGUUGAGCAUAAAUUCGCUCGAUAAGAACUAUCUAUUAGUCGAUCAGGCGACAGCGGCAGCAGCUGCAGUUGCGGCAGCAGGUGGUGAUCCAGCGGCUGCUGCGCAUCAUCAUACAUUAACAAAUGGCAGCAUUGUUGACGCCAAAACUGGACAAACUGUAUUGACAACGAGCGCCGCUGCGGCUAAGUCGCAUUUUAGCUCAAUUGGAGCACUGCAUCUCACCCAAGAGGAGUGCAAUGAGAUCUUAAUCAAACGCGCCCUUGCAGCCGGCCACGGCCACCAUCAGACGCACACACUCACCGCUGGCGACGGAGCGCACCACCAUCAUUCGACGGCGCCAGGCGCGACACCAAGCGGUGCAACAACACUCUUAGGUGACAUACUUCCUGGUAUUUCAGUUCAAGUACAGAAAGUAAUACAAGGACUCGAAGAGAACGAGGACUCACAGGGCGAAGCACCCAACUUAAAGUUGGAGCCAGGCACAUUAGAAUUGUCCCCAAAGACCGAACUACAGGAAUCAAUGCAUUUCAGCGAAACCGACGCCACCAUCAAGAAGGAGCGCCCGUACAGCUGUGACGAGUGCGGUAAAUCCUUUCUGCUCAAACAUCAUUUGACAACACACGCACGCGUGCACACAGGUGGCGAACGUCCACAUAUUUGCACCCAUUGCGGCAAGAGUUUUGCGCACAAACACUGUCUAAAUACGCAUCUAUUGCUGCACUCAACCGAUCGGCCAUAUCAGUGUCAGGAGUGUAAGAAGAGUUUUACCCUUAAGCAUCAUCUGUUGACCCACUCACGUGUCCAUAGUCGCGAGCGGCCAUUUGUGUGCCAGGAGUGCGGGCGAGCAUUUCCCCUCAAACGUCACCUGGUGACGCACAGUAAAUUUCACGCCGGCGAACGACCUUACGUCUGCGAGGAAUGCGGUGAAAGUUUCGCACAGGAGAAUCACCUGAUUAUGCACUCGCGCUUUCAUGGUUCAUUGAAUCCAUUUGUUUGUGCUGACUGCGGAGCAUCCUUUCCACGCAAGUUUCAACUGGUUAAUCACGGACGUAUACACGGCAAAAUACCCCAUUCCUGUACGGUUUGUGGCAAAGAAUUUCUACAGAAGCGAACGCUAGUUUCCCACAUGAGGCGCGUACAUACCGGCGAGCAGGCGCAUCCCUGCGUAAGCUGCGGCGAGGGUUUCCUCACCAAGGCGGAGCUGCAUCAACAUGUGCGUGCAGCGCACAAUGGUGUCAAUCCCAAUACGAGCAGCGCCACCAUAAUAGCCAAUCAACAGCAGAUACAACAGCCGCAUCAUCACCCCGGACAUCCGCAGACUAUCACCGUUGUCAGUAAUCCAGCAAACUCAACGCUGCUCACCGUCUCCACAACUGAUGCGAAUGGUGUGGCACGUCCACAAUAUGUUUGCCGCGAAUGUGGAAGCGCGUUUAAUAGUCGCGAGGCGCUUGCCUUGCAUUUAAGAUUGCACACAGGCGACAAGAGCCUGAUGACAGAUUUAUGCGCAUUGACAGCAGCGCUACCAGGUCACUUCUUGAGCACAGCAAGCCUCAAUCCGGGCACAGUGGUAACCGCCAAUCCGAAUCUGGUGGCACAGAGUCCAGUGCCCGUGCAAAUCAUAUCGUCCACCGGUCAGGUGAUGUCACAGACCACGCUGGUGCAGGCCGCCAACUCGACCCAUCCGCAAGCCGUUGUCACCGCAGUGCCCACGAUGCCAGUGCACGGCCAACAGCAUCUGCAGCAUGUGCAACAACAGCAGCAGCAACAGCAUGUGGUCACCGUAUCGCCGGCCAACAAGCCCAAAUCGCAUUUCUGUGCCAGUUGCGGCAAAGGAUUCGCUGCCAAGCACGGCCUAAUGCAGCACAAUCGACGACAUCCCAAUGGCGGUUGCACGGUGCGCACUCAUGUCUGCGAGUGUGGAAAGGCAUUCUUCCAAAAGAAUCAUCUGAUGCUGCAUCAGCGCCAGCAUUUGGAAACAAAGCCAGCCAUAUCGCAGCAACAGGAGGCCGAUGUGCAACAGCAACAGCAGCAGCAACAACAACAGCAAGCAGCAGCUGCGGCAGCGGCAGCCGGACAGCAAGCCGCUCAGGUUGAAGUCCAAAUAUUGCCCGGUGGCCAUGGCAAGGUGAUUAAAUAUGAAAUCUGCCGCAAUGUCCUGCAGGAGGAGCAGGCGGCACAACAGCAGCAGGGUUCAAUGCAUGCGGAAUAGAUGCGAGCGAUUCAGAGGAGGAUCAAUAGAAUCACAAACAGCUGACAGACGUUUUUCUUGUUAAUUCAACACACAACAAAAAAGAAGUAAUGAUUAUUUUGAGCAUUUUGUUUCUAAAUUGUUUUGUAAAUAUAAAUAAAAGUCCCCACGUGCAAUGGCAAUUGCCAGGCGAUUGAUAGGUUGCUCUCCAAACAGACAAGACACAUACACCACACACACACAUACAUAUGUACACCCACCCACGCACACAAGCAUAUAUAUAUAUAUAAAUAAUAAUAAAUAUAUAGAUAACAAUAAUUGUAUGAACCAGGGCAGCUUUUUUUGCAGGCCACGAAACCACACACACACACACCCACAAAACACAGCUAAGCACACACAGAGCAGAGAUAAAUGAGAAUGUAUGAAAUAAGCGAUUCCCUUAGUUGUAAUAAUUUAGUUACCGUUUAGAUAUAAAUGAAACACCUAGACAACUAAAUAGUUAACUAGCAUUAUAUACAAACAAAAAACAAACACGUAAAUAUAUAUGUUAUGUAUAUAUACAACACAUAUAUACUCUAUAUAUAUAAAUACAGAUGUACAUCAAAAAUACAUUUAUACAAAAUACAUAAUGUAACUGUAACUCCUGUUAAUUUUUGUGAUGUGUUGGUCGCAUCUAAAACAACAACCUCGAUAAGUUGCAAAGUUUUUACCCAAUAAUUUUUCAAUUGAAACAUUUUAAAUACUAUAAUAAUGAUACACUUACACACACACACAUAUAUAACGCUAGAUGUAAGCAUACAUAUAUCGCCUAACUGUAAACUGUGUAUACAUAUUAACAAGAGUAAAUAAAUAAGCAUCAACAACAACAACAA